UCAAGUCACCUACUCUCCUCUCUACUCAAGAACAACCUCAACAANCAGCACCAUGUGUGGCUACUANGGAAACUACUAUGGNGGCAGAGGCUAUGGCUGNUGUGGCUAUGGAGGCCUGGGCUAUGGCUAUGGAGGCCUGGGCUGUGGCUAUGGCUCCUACUAUGGCUGUGGCUACCGUGGANUGGGCUGUGGCUAUGGCUAUGGCUGUGGCUAUGGCUCACGCUCUCUCUAUGGCUGUGGCUAUGGAUGUGGCUCUGGCUAUGGAUCUGGAUUUGGCUACUACUAUUGAGAAACUCAAGGACACCUCUUUCCCCUCAUGUAUGGUGCAAAGAUCCUCCAGCUUUAAGUCCCAAGACCUGACAGCAUCACAUAAAACUGGAAUAGUAUGGGGCUCUGAUGGUCUGAAAUACAUUGGCAUCCAUUUAUGACCAGCAUCCACUAUAAAUACCAUCUGUAUUCAGCUAUUUAUUCCAGAAACUUUGUAAAAGGUCAAUAAUAUUAAUUUUCUUCACUGUAUUUCCAAUAAAAUUUCUUAAUA